AUGAAGUCCAUCCAGUUCUGUUUCCUUUUCUAUUGCUGGAAAGCCAUCUGCUGCAGUGGUUGUGAGCUGACCAACAUCACCAUUGCGGUGGAGAGAGAAGAGUGUGGAUUCUGCAUCAGCGUCAACACCACCUGGUGUGCGGGCUACUGCUAUACCAGGGACCUGGUGUACAGAGACCCCGCCAGGCCCAACCACCAGAAAACAUGCACAUUCAAGGAGCUCGUGUAUGAGAGCGUGAGAGUGCCUGGCUGUGCCCACCACGCAGACUCCCUGUACACAUACCCUGUGGCCACUGAGUGUCACUGUGGCAAGUGUGACAGCGACAGCACCGACUGCACUGUGAAAGGCCUGGGCCCAAGCUACUGCUCCUUCAGCGAGAUGAAGGAGUAA